CAUGCUCUGUUGCUUCUGUUUACCAAAACAACAUUCCUCCUGUUGCGCCCUCCCUAAAAACAUACAAGGGCCUUUGGGCACACCUCACGUCGUCAUCCCACCCUUUGUUACGUCGGUCACGACUCAGCUAACCUUUUCACAACACGUUUGGUUGGACCAGGAAUAAUUCUCACCACAUGGCAAACGUGUGCCUUCCAAUAAGAAGUUUAGUCCUACGGUCGUCAAAACUAACCUCUGAACUCUGCGAAGAUCAAGUCUGAUCAUAACCUUUGAGCUAUGAUUGUUUGAAGGUCGUGCAGGAUCUCGUGCUUCGUGAGAAGGCAUCUAAGAAAGGUCUUGGCCUUAAGGAAAGGGUAAAGUCGACAUUUCCUUGUCGACAUUGCUUAGGAAUGGUAGGAUAUGCUUGGGUCUGCUGAAUUCGCACUGCUGCCAGUUGUGGUUGCUGCGGCCAGCCUGGUUACCAUGGUGAUGACCCUUGCCCUCUGCUCGCUGUGCCAGUGGUGUCAGCGGCGGGACAGUUACACAGAACUGGAGAGGGACGAUGAAACAUCGGAGAAGGGCGGAGCGUUCCACCAGUCCAACCUCAUCACCAGAAAAACUAUCAAGUUUGAGCGACCGCCAGGAAAGGCGAUGCUCCGCGGGAAUGUCCAGCCCAACGCGGACGGGCAGGAGGACGACACGUCGGAAAACGGGACGACGCUCAAGGUCCAGCCCUUCUCCCUGUCCAACCUGUCAGCUUCCUCCAUGCCGUCAAUCAGUCUCCGACUCUCUCCUUCAAUGCAUGAAGAUGAAGGCAGUGACAGUAAUGAGGAUGUUGUGAGUGAGCCGACAGCUAACCUGGGCAGGAUCCAGUUCAGCAUGUCCUACGACUUCGACACCAUGACUCUGGUACUGCACAUCAAGAGAGCUGUGGAGCUGCCUGCAAAGGAUUUCAGUGGCACCAGCGACCCAUUUGUGAAAAUCUGCCUCUUGCCUGACAAGAAAAAUAAGAUGGAGACCAAAGUAAAGAGACGAAACCUGAACCCACACUGGAAUGAGACCUUCCAGUUUGAAGGUUUCCCAUAUGACAAGCUCCAACACCGUGUGUUGUACCUCCAAGUGUUUGACUACGACCGCUUCAGUAGAAAUGAUCCCAUAGGGGAGGUUCAUUUACCACUGUGUGAGGUGGACCUGACAGAGUCGCCCACAUUCUGGAAGGACCUCAGACCCUGCCCCAACUCUAAUGAUAACCUGGGGGAGCUGCUGGUAUCACUGUGCUACCAGCCCACAGCCCAGCGCAUCACUAUUGUAGUGAUGAAGGCCAGACAUCUCAAAGCUAUGGACAUCACAGGAACAUCAGACCCCUAUGUGAAGAUCUGGCUCGUCUACAGAGACAAGAAGAUUGAGAAGAAGAAGACGUCUUGUAAGAAGCGUUCCUUGAACCCCGUCUUUAACGAGUCCUUCAUCUUCGACAUCCCCAUGGACAAGAUGAAGGAGACAAGCUUCAUCAUCUCAGUCAUGGACAAGGACACGCUCAAGAAAAAUGAUGUCAUAGGAAAGGUCUGUCUUGCCCCCCGUAGUGGCCCACUGGAGACUAAACACUGGAAGGAGAUGAUCUCCAAACCCAGACAACCAGUCGCCAUGUGGCACGGCCUGAAGAAAUAGGAGUUUAUAUCUCCACAUAACACUACAUUAGGCCAUACAAACUGUAUAGAUGUCAUUUGUAUAGAAGGAGCUGCCACUUGUAGCCAAAUGUGGUCUCUUUGCCUCAUAAAAAAGCCAGACAAACUUGAUUUUUCAUAGAUAACAUGUCUCAUGAUCUAACAUCGAUGAUACGGAGUACACUUUUACAAUGCUCUCAUAUUUGUAUGAUAUAAUUUGGCAAAGGAAUGACUUCAUGUAUUCACAAUGGCAAGUCAACAAUGGGAGAUGAUUAAAGCUCCUCUGUCAAAGGGAGUGACAAAUCUUUCUGGGAGGGGGAAACAGGACAAGGUGAGUUUCAACUCAA